AUGUCAAAAAUGUAAUAUUUUAGCUUAAAUUUAUUUUCUACGAAGCAGUACUUAGCAUAUUUAGAAAAUAAAAAAUAUACAGAAUUUGUUGGCGAAGCAAGUUUCCUCUGGUCAAGGUACUUCCAUUGUUUAAAGGUUAAAGUAAAGUUGAGAAGCAAAUGCCAUUCUUUAUUCUUUGCUUACAGGAACAGCGAACUUUGAAUAUGGAAUUUAAUGUCUCAGACGGCAGCUUCUGGUAAAAGAUUCUACUCAUGAGAAACAUGGAGCUUUUAUCUAUAUUGUUGUUGUAAUCACAACACAUGAGUAUUUAUUUGGACUGAACGAAAUCGAUUUGAAAAGAAUGAGUUCAGAGCGUAAGUGGAAGCAGAUCCUACACCUUGUGUAGCGGAGGCAAGGAGGCGAAGAAUUUCUCUGUUAUCAUUACGGAUUUCUCUAUUUGUUUUAUUUACGGACCGAACUUUUGCUUGGAAAGGUUCGAAAAUAUUACCGCGAGGUAGCAAACAGAGGCACAAUUCCAUUUACAUAUACGAUCAUUUUCAGUUAAGUGGCAACAAUGCAUUUUAAUACACAAAUUUUCAAUUCGGAUGGGAAAGGACAUAUUUAUGCAGUUAGACUUCUUUCUAAACUUGUUACAAAUAACUCAAAAAGUUUCUCGGAGCAUAAUUGCAAGAGCUAUCUUUUGUUCUAUGCUGAGACCAACAUGGGCAAUGGAAUUCGAACAUCUAUAUAUUUUUUGGGCCUUAUAUAUUGUUUUAUUGGACUGUCUGCUAUAACUGGUUGUUUUUUUCUUUCAAUGGAGAAAGUUGUGCAACAGACCAGGAAGAUUGUUAUUAAGGAUCCUGUCACUAGAGCUAAAGUAGAAAAAAGAGAAAGGAUAUGGAAUUAUACGUUGGCAGAUAUUUCUUUACUAGCAGUUGGCACAAGCUUUCCACAUAUAUCACUUGCUACUAUUGAUGCCUUUCAAAACCUUGGUCAACUUUAUGCUGGAGGUUUGGGCCCUGCAACACUUGUCGGUUCUGCUGCAUUUAACUUGUACCCUAUUCAUGCUGUUUUAGUGAUUGUUCCAAAAAAAGGCACGGUGAAAAAAAUCUCAGAUUUAGGAGUAUGGCUGGUAGAGCUUGUGUGGUCUUUUUGGGCAUAUAUUUGGCUUUACAUAAUAGUACAGGUGUGGACUCCAAAUGUAGUGACUAUUUGGGAAGCAGCAUUGACCCUGUUGCAGUUUGGUUUGCUCUUGUUGCAUGCAUAUGCACAAGAUAAAGGGUGGCGUUAUUUCUCACUUCCAAUGCUAAGAGAAGAUAGACCAAACGACUGGGUGCCAGCUGAGACUAGCUUACAGGGAGGAAGUCAUGAAGAUUCUUCUACUGCACCCCAGAAUCAUACUGUUGAUUGUAUCUCUGAGCAAGUACCUCACAGAGAAAAUAUGGAAACUUUCUCGUUGGAUGGGGAUCUCAAUGUUCCAGCUGGUACAAAAAGAGUAAAUAUUUCUUUGGUCUUCCUUCAACAGCUGAAGGACGCACUUACUGUGGAAGACUGUGAAACGAGAAAGAAUAGUGGGGUUCCCCUUCGAUCAUUAAAAAUACUUUGGCGAUUAAUAAAUCUUCCUUGGAAAAUUUUGUUUGCUUUUAUUCCCCCUAGUGAUAUUGCUCAUGGAUGGUUGGCUUUCAUUGGUUCCCUGUGUUGGAUGACUGGGAUUUCCUAUCUUCUUAUUAAACUUACAGAUCUGAUAAGCUGUGUAACAGGAUUAAACAAAUAUGUUACAGCUUUCACAGCUCUUGCAAGUGGAACCUCAUGGCCUGAUCUGAUUGGAAGCAAGAUAGCAGCAGAACGGCAAACGACAGCAGAUUCAGCCAUUGCAAACAUCACUUGCAGCAAUUCAGCAAACAUCUUUGUUGGCAUAGGGAUACCAUGGUUGAUUAGUACCACAUAUAAUCGAAUUGUUCUUGGAGAAGUAUUGCGAGUUCCUAGCGAGGGGCUAAGUUUUUCCCUUGUUCUAUUCUUCAUCAUGUCUUGUCUAUGCAUGACUGCAAUGGUUUUAAGGCGUUACUUCGUCGGUGCUGAACUUGGAGGACCGAGGGUAUGGGCUUGGAUAACAUUUUUCUACCUCAUGUUUCUUUGGAUCGCUUUUGCAAUGUUAGCUUCUCUCAAAGCUUCUCAUAUAAUAUAAAUCUGGAAGAAGAGGGGAUUUAAGUGGAUUUCAAUUUUUUCAAUUGGCUAUGUAAUUC